CUGCUCUCUGUUCUGUUCCUGUUCCUGUUCCUGUUCCUGUUCUUGCUUCUCGCUUCUCGCUUCUCGCUUGUCCACACUGUUCAUUUAAAUUCUCCGACUCCCCCCUCUUCUCUUCUUCUUCUUCUCUCCCCAUCCCACGCAUUGCCGUUUCGUCCAUCAUCCCCAUCAUUUCCAGCCCUUUUUCAUCAAUUUCACCGUCCCAGUAACAUCUCACUCGUUCCAGAUACACUAUCUGAAAAAUUAUCAAUUCAAUCUCUGCCCCUGACCAUCUCAAAACCUUCGUUUUCAGCUGCUGCUCAACUUUCGCUCAAAGUUCAGUUCCAUCACAAUGUCUGUCAAGUUCAUCGUUUUUCUGGCCUCUAUGGUCUUUGCCAUCAUGGCAACUGCUGCAAACCUCCCUCGUGCUGCCGCCGAGAAAGCUGUCGUCGACUCUCCUCGUGGAUUGGGAAGCCAGGGCUUCUUUGGCAAGAUUGUUGCUCGUCAGGAAACAAUCACUGUCACUGCCACCGCCACCGCUGAGAGCUGUGAUGCUUUCGACCCGGUCACAUCUGAUCCAUCCCAAGUUUCUGAAAUUCAGUCCACGACGUCUCCAGUCCUUGCUCCGGUCUCCAGCAGCGUGGCAGUUUCUUCUGCCUCUGAGGCUCUAGGGUCUUCUGUUGAUCCAAUUGCGAUAUCCUCUACGGCGGUCAGCAGCAACCCCGCUGUUUCAGUUACUCCUUCUGCAUCGACCCCUGUUGCCUCUGAGACCGGUAUCGCCCCGCCUAUCGAAACCAACUUUGCGGUUCGCAACGGUGGCCUCGAGGGUGCAAUCCUCGUUGGUGCUGCGGGAUUUGCUGCUCUUGUGGCGUUGUAAACACCCGACGAUGUGGCAGUACAACGUUCACAUGGCUCCUUCGUAAGUUGAGGAAAUCGCGGGUUAGCUGUUUGCAUGAUUAGCCACAUAGUCAUCAUCGUAUGUAUGUAAUACGACUUGAAAUGAUUUUUUAUUUUUUAUCUUUUAUUUUUUUUCCAGAUUUCUGUUCGUGGAAAUGCUUUUUUUAAUGCUGCCGGAGGUGAUUGGAAUGUAUGUUAUUUGGGAGAGGUAUUGCAUACCUAGGAGGGUUUAAUGGGGUCAUACUCGAGGUAGAUUCAACUAAAAAUCAGACGCAGCAUUCUUCGUUC